CAGACGUCAAACUGAUUUCAACGCUUUCAACACUUUUCCAGGUCAGCACGCAGCACUCACGGACUUAGUGUGCAUUUGCCUUUAAUUACAAUUAAACACAUAAAUUAGAAUGCCUGCUCCUGCAAGUUCAACGUCCGUUGGUAGCGGUUCACGCUCGCCCAGUAAAUUGUCGGCGCCACGUAGCGCUGGUGCUGGUGGUGGUAGCACCUUGAAGCAGCGAAAGACAACAACAACAACAGCGGCCAGAAGUCGUGCUCCUGGCGGAGCAGGCACUGGUGGAAUGUGGCGUUUCUACACAGACGAUUCACCCGGCAUUAAAGUUGGUCCAGUUCCAGUUCUGGUUAUGUCGCUGCUAUUCAUCGCCUCAGUCUUCAUGCUGCACAUUUGGGGAAAAUACAACCGUUCUUAGACAGUUCAUAUUAGAAAAUAAAUACUUUCACCUCAACGGAAGCGCACUGCGACCCAAUUGUCGACGUCAUCAGAUUUCAAACAAACUGUUGCCAAAACAACAUCAAUAACAACAAAUAGUCGCAUCCCGUUUGUUGAGGCAUUAGUGUUUUCCACUUGAAAUUAAUUAUUGUCUAAGCUUAAGUUACCCGUCGUUAAUUGAUGAACUACUAAAUUGUAAACAUAA